UUCUGCAUCUCUUCAUGUUCUUCAGUGUGCUGAUUGAAUCUAUCAUCUCUCGCGCGCUCUAUGUUUCUGCUGUUCGAACGCCUCUGAGAUCGGGAAAUGGAUAAUACAAUCAUGGCAACUGCAACCGUGGCUACGGCGGCCGGUGCGGCGGCUUUCUUAUACUAUACGUUGAAUCGGAGAUUACAGUGCUGCACAAGCAAGGGAGACAACGAAGAAAAUUUUAGUGUCGAUGACGCAUCCACAAAGAUGCCUAUAGGAAUUGACCGUGUUUCUCAUAGAUUAACACAAGCCCCUGCCACGUGGUUGGAGACAAUAUCAACACUGUCAGAGACUCUCCGUUUUACAUAUUCAGAGACUCUUGGGAAGUGGCCCAUUGGGGAUUUGGCAUUUGGUAUCAGCUUUCUAUUGAAGAGACAGGGAAACUUUCUUGUUGACAGUGUGUUCGCUGGCAGAGAUAGUAUACGGUUGAAAGGAUCUGAGAUUAAUGCUCAACUUAAAUAUCUCUUAAAUUUGCUGACACUCUGUUGGCAUUUUUCAAAGAAGCCACUUCCUUUGUUUUUGGAAGAAACUGGCUACAGUGAAGAGAACGUUCUCCUUCAAGAGCCUAAAGCAGGAAUUUUGAAGCCAGCAUUUACAGUAAUUGCUGAUCAUAAGACAAGAUGUUUUCUCCUGUUGAUUCGUGGCACACAUAGUAUCAAGGAUACUCUAACAGCAGCUACAGGAGCUGUGGUACCAUUUCAUCACACUGUAGUGCAUGAGGGUGGUGUUAGGGAUUUAGUCUUAGGAUAUGCACAUUGUGGAAUGGUUGCAGCUGCACGGUGGAUUGCAAAGCUCGCUACUCCUUGUCUUAUUGAAGCACUUGGCAGAAACCCUGACUAUAAAGUUAAGAUUGUAGGUCAUUCUUUGGGUGGAGGCACAGCAGCACUUCUAACAUAUAUAUUAAGAGAGCAAAAGGAAUUGUCAGAGACUUCAUGCGUUACAUUUGCUCCAGGUGCUUGUAUGACGUGGGAGUUGGCAGAGUCAGGCAAUGAUUUUAUUACUUCUGUUAUAAAUGGAGCUGAUUUGGUGCCUACAUUCUCCGCUGCUUCUGUGGAUGACUUGCGUGCUGAGGUGACAGCAUCAGCAUGGAUAAAUGACUUGAGGAAUCAAAUUGAGCAGACAAGAAUCCUGAGUACCGUUUACCGUUCUGCUUCAGCAUUGGGUUCGCACCUCCCAUCCAUUGCCACUGCUAGAGCAACGGUUGCUGGCGCUGGGGCAAUUUUACGACCAGUUUCCAAUGGCACCCAGGUUGUGAUGAGGAGGGCUCAUAGUGUGGCUCAGGCAGCAUGGAGACGUCCUGCCCUUGGCCUCUCAUCUUUGUCGUGUAUGGGUCCCCGCUGCCGUGUCAUGGUGGAUGCACACUCAAACUGCACAGAAGAGGUGAACUCUUCUAAAUGUUCAGCCUUUGACAUAGAGGAAACUUCUGAACCACUUCUAUCUUCCAGGAAGGGCGUGCAUGUGGCUGCCGUUCAGAACAUAGAGUUGCCUGUUUCUUCACCUGUAGGUAAAAUGAAUUCAGAUUCUGAGGGGGAUGUUGAUAACGACAGUGAUGAAGACCAUCACAGACCUGGGAAUUCAAUGAAUGAAGUGGAGUCAUGGCAACAACUAAAGCAUGAGUUGUGUGACAGAACCGAAGCAGAGGAGGCUGAUGUGACAAACGAGACAAGGGAAGAAGAAGUGGCAACCAUGGAGGAGGAAACCAAUAGCCAAGCCUUGAGUUUGGCACCCCAAGUGAAGGAAGUUCACAGAUUCUUCCCCCCAGGAAGGAUAAUGCACAUUGUUACGUUAAACUCUAGUCCCGCAAAGUGUGAAGAAAAUGAAGCCAGCCCAACCUCUUCUAGUUCAGACAAUAGCCAGCCAGAUGAGACCAAGAUAGGGAUUUUCCUAACUUCAAGGUCUUUAUACAGUAAGGUGAGGCUUUCACAGACCAUGAUAAGUGAUCACUUCAUGCCAGUUUAUAUAAGACAGAUCGAAAUGCUAAUCAAAGAACUUGAGGCGGAAUAGGAUCAUAGAACUCCAGAGGUAGCGUUGUGGGUGAAUUCACAGCAUCAAUAUUAAAUUUAAUUCGUAGCUGAGGUUGGGUGCCCCCCCCCCCCCCCAAAUCCCAAUAAUCUCGGAACUAACUCUAGCAGAGGUAGCCUUUUUGAGUUUUUCUGAACCAUCAAUCUCGUAACUAUACUAGAAGUAGGGAUUUUUGGAAAGCUGCUCAUCGAAGGAUUAUAUUGAGGAUGGCGUAUGGUCAGGGAAGAGCAAUUGUAAAUGGUUUCCCAAAGCUCCGGUUCUGUAAAGAAACUGACUGGAAAAGUAAACUAAGAAGAUGA